UGGGGGCUGAAAGUCCCCGGAUGAAGCCAUCAUGGCGGCCGCUCGCUGAGCUGUCAAGCUCCCACAAAAGAAAAAAGGAACCUGAAGGACCAUGGAUUUGGUAGAAAUCUGCUCGGCCACCUCCAGAGGAGAUAACAAACGGCGCGUCAGCAAGAAGAAUAGAAGCCGGCGCAGACGGCUCCACCUCAGGAAGACGCUGGCUCAGCCCCCAGCUAUGCAAGGCCCAGAUAAGAGCGGACCCAGGAAGAUAGCGGAGGAGUGGGAGCGGGCCGCCGCCGCGUGGCGGCCGUCAAAGAAACCUCCCCAGGACGCGCGGCGGAGUCCCGGCGUGACCGACGACGGCGGAACUACACUCAGGUUCCCGUGCCCCCAGUGCAAGGACGACUCGGAAUACGCACCGAAAGACUUAACGAGACACUUUGUGGAGAAACACCGAGGGAGUCCGCCGGUCUUUUCCUGUCACCGCUGUAACUUUAGCACAACGGACUUUUCCCACCUUCAGGUUCACCUGCUAAACCACAAAGACACUUUUUCUACUUGCAGCAUUUGCAACGACAACGUCCAGCGCUCGUGGUCUGAGUUCAGCGCACACCUGAGCACAAAUCACUGCCCCAAUGGCAAAUAUUCGUGUGAAACGUGCCAGAAAUUCUCCACGGGCGACGUGGAAGUGUUUUUGGAGCACCUGUUCGGACACAAUUUGGGCCUGGACGAAGCCGACGGCGUCGACGUUUCGCUGCUGAAAAAAGACAAUCAUUCGCCGAGCGCUCAGACUUUUCGCUGCCAGUACUGUGACUUUGAGGCGUCUCGGAAAUUCCUAAUCACAAAGCACGUUAACGCCGUCCACGUUUGCAAGAACGGAAACCGACGGAAGGGGAACAGGGGCGUCCAUUCCGCGGCGGGGAAACCCAACGAGCCGAUCCCCAGGACGAAGGCCAGGCUGACGAGGAGCGCGGUGAAGGAUAUGUGCUGGCUGGCGCAGGACUGCCUCUCCCUGCCCGGCAGGGAGUUCCUGGACAAAUACUGCCACCUAUCGGACCCGCGGACCACGCUGGAGGAGACGCAGCAGUUCCUCAUGAAGUCCGUGGCCGGGGAAACCCACGAGCAGAAGUGGACCAACGCUCUCAAGACCGUUCUGUCCAAUGUUCCCAAAGAAAUGAACCUCCACGGCAAGUUGGAGAACGGGCUGAUGUCGAGCCCGUCCGACCUCGCCGUCCUCAGGGUCAAGAAUAAAAUAACCGUCGCUCAGAACGGGGCGACUUAUUCCAAGAGGUUGAGAAUGACGUCGGAUAAAGACGUGGUUUCCCCGGAAAGUGCUGUUUCUGCUGCCGAUGCUCACGGCGCCGUCAACCACAACGGAGGAACGCCGGAGCUGAAAGAUCAGCCCCCGUGUCCGGACGGCGACAACAACCUCCUCCCCGAGGUCCCGGCUCCGGCUCAGAGCGAACCGAAGGAAAACCGAGAAAACCAGGGUUUAAAAACGGACCAGGAAGCGGAGGAACGUAAUAAAAAACUGGAAGGUCCCGUACACGCUGAGGGAAAUCACAUUUCUGGGAUCCUGACCCUGGCGGUGGAGAGCGAGGAGGCGGCGCCGGCUCGCCGAGCUUUACCGAGGCGAAAGGGACAAGGCUGGCGUCGGAAGAGGAGGGGGAGAUUCAAGAAAUUAGUGAAAACUUUGGAAGGGGAGACGUUGAAAAUAGUCCUGAAGAAGAACCCCGUCAGGGGGAAGAGGUGGGUCUCACGAAGCUCUGCGUCUCCGCCGGGGAGUGAUGGGACGGAGGGGGAAUUAAAUCCCCUCGCGGCCGUGGAAGACCCCGUACAAACGCUCAGAAACCAGAGAACUGUAAAUGUUUCCACGAGCGACCGCAUCGAAGCCAUAACUCCAGAGCCGGAACGGGAACCGGCUCUGUGCUGCAACGUGGAGGCAGCGGAGCCCGAACACGCGACUGGAACUGAACCCGACGCUCAGCCAGGUUCUCCGUCAGGGAAGUCCCCGGUUCCCCUGGUAACCGACGGCGAUGGGAGUAGAUUAACCGCUGGACCAGAGCGAACGGAUCAAGGUGAGGAGGAGAAGCAGCAGGAGAAGCAGCCGCUCCAGGAAUCCAGCGCUGCUGCCGACGGCCGAGUAACGGACGAUGGGACGAGCGGAGCAACGUCUUCCCCCGAUCCCCAAACUGUUCUGACACCACACGAUGAGUUGGAGGAUUCCUGCCUGGAGCGUCCUGCAGUUUCCAUACGUACCAGAGAGGAGCCCCCAGACUCCACCUGUAACCUCCUCCAGCAGAACCCGCCCCCCCUGCAGCAGAACUCGCCCCCCUGGACCCCGGUCCCCAAGCACCAGGAGACGACCCUGAAGCUGACGGCCAUCGACCCGGCCCAGCGGGUGAAGCGUCCAGCCGGGGACCAGCCCGUGGUGGUUCUGAACCACCCGGACGCCGACAUCCCCCAGGUGACCAAGAUCAUGCAGGUGGUGCACCGGUACCGGGAGGUGAGGAAGGUGGUGCUGUCCCGCCGGACCCUGGUGGCCCUGGGGGGCCCAGACGGGCGGCCGGGGCCGGCCGAGGCCCGGCGGGGGCCCGGGGGCGGGUCGGUCCAGGAGAGGUUCACGCUGAAGAUGAAACUCCGACGGCUCAGCAGGAAGAAGUACGAGAUCGUGGAGGAGUCGGUGUCCCGGUUCCCCUGCUGGUUCUGUGGACGGAUCUUCCCGGGCCAGGAGAACAUGCUGGCCCACCGGCAGCGGCACCUGGCCGAGUGGAACCGGCCGGCCGAGUGGACCCGGCCGCGCUGGGAAAACUCUUAGAUUAGAUUAGAUUACACUGGAUGAUGGAACAGGCUGGAACGACGGGUGUUGGGGACAAAAUAAGACAAGAAAAAAUAUUGGAAAUUACGAGAAUAAAGUCGUAAUGUUACGAGAAUAAAGCCGUAAUAUUAUGAGAAUUAAGGUGGAAUACUAUGAUAAUAAAGUCAUAAUGUUGCGAAAAUAAAGUCUUAAUAUUACGAGAAUAAAGUCGUAAUAUUAUGAGAAUAAAGUCGUAAAAUUACGAGAAUUAAGGUGGAAUACUAUGAUAAUAAAGUCAUAAUGUUGCGAGAAUAAAGUCGUAAUAUUACGAGAAUAAAGUCGUAAUAUUACGAGAAUAAAGUCGUAAUAUUAUGAGAGUAAAGUCGUAAUAUUAUGAUUUUAUUCUCGUAAUAUUACGAUUUUAUUCUCGUAAUAUUACGAUUUUAUUCUAAAAUAAAGUUGUAAUAUUACGAGAAUAAAGCCGUAAAAUUACGAGAAUAAAGUCAUAAUGUUGAGAGAAUAAAGUCAUAAUGUUGAGAGAAUAAAGUCGUAAUAUUAUGAGAAUAAAGUCGUAAUUUUACGAUUUUAUUCUCGCAAAAUUAUGACUUUAUUCUCGUAAUUUUCCGACUUUAUUAAGAAUAAAGUCGUAAUUUAUGAGAACUCUAACAGGAACAGCUUCUUCUCUCUGUGUUUAAAAUGAGGAAUAUUGAGCAUCUUGUGAAGUUAAUAAAUUACGACUUUAUUCUCAUAAUAUUACAACUUUAUUCUUGUAAUAUUAUGACUUAUUCUCGUAAUAUUACGACUUUAUUUUCAUAAUAUUACGACUUUAUUCUCGUAAUAUUACGACUUUAUUCUCGCAACA